AUUUCACUAUCGCGAAUCGACGUUAUUUUCUUCCGGCUAAUAAAAAAACAAUUGAAAUUGUUCUUUUCGUGGUAACAGUGACAGAAUUUUGGAGAAGACCCACUAAAUUAGCAGUUCAUCUCGAUACAAUCGUCUCCAACUUUUCACCGAAAUGGAGAACAAGGAGCAGGCCCUUCAGCAUCUUGCAACUUACAUCGCCCAGACCCUCAGUCCCGACCCGGCGGUUCGGAAACCAGCCGAAAAGCAUUUGGAGUCCGUGGAAGGGAAUCUAAACUAUCCACUCCUCCUCCUCCACCUGGUUAACACUCAAGCCAGCGGUGGUUCUGAUCCAGCUAUUCCUAUCGCUGCAGCAAUUGCGUUCAAGAACUUUGUUCGUCGAAAUUGGUCACCUGAUGAAGAUGCUCCCAACAAGAUUCACGCAACGGACCGUGAAGCUAUCAAGGCACAAAUUGUUGAGCUGAUGCUCAAGUCUCCUGAAGCAAUUCAACGCCAAUUAAGUGAUGCAAUCUCUGCCAUUGGGCGGUAUGACUUUCCACAGCAGUGGUCAAGCCUUAUGCCCACUCUCGUAGCGAAAUUAGGAGGGACAGAUGACUUUCACGUUAUCAACGGAGUGCUGCAAACUUGCCAUUCGCUAUUUAAAAGAUACCGACAUGAAUUCAAAUCGGACAAACUUUGGAGUGAAAUCAAGCUGGUUUUGGAUUCUUUUGCGGCUCCUCUCACCCAGCUUUUUACAACGCUGAUGGGCUUAGCGAAACAACACGAAGGGAACAAAGCGGCUAUCACUAUAAUUUACAGCUCCAUUCUCCUCGUCGCCAAAAUAUUCUACUCGCUCAACAGCCAGGAGAUUCCAGAAUUUUUUGAAGACAACAUAAAAGUCUGGAUGCCUAAUUUUCACAUUCUCCUUACUACGGAUAAUCCUCUUUUAAAGACAGGGGAGGAUGAAGAGGCGGGGCUACUGGAGCAGUUGCGGUCUCAGAUUUGCGACAAUGUUGGAAUGUAUGCUCGGAAGUAUGAUGAAGAGUUUGAGGAAUUUCUACCUAUUUUCGUCACUGAUAUUUGGGGUCUUCUGGUCACGACCGGAGCUCAGACAAAGUACGACAUGCUGGUCAGUAAUGCAAUUGGAUUUCUGGCACUGGUAGCUGAAAAGGAUCGCAACAAGGCACUAUUUAACAAUCCGGAAACAAUGAGUGGAAUUUGCCAAAAAGUGAUUGUGCCCAACAUGGAAUUUAGAGAUGCAGACGAAGAACUGUUUGAAGAUAAUCCGGAAGAGUACAUUCGUCGUGAUAUUGAAGGAUCUGAUGUGGAUACGAGGCGAAGAGCUGUAUGCGAUCUGGUGCGAGCCCUCUCCAAGAACUUUGAGUCUGAAAUGACUAGUAUUUUUGGAGCAUAUGUUCAAGAAAUGUUGGUCAAGUAUGGGCAGAAUGCAAGCCAGGCUUGGAAGAGUAAGGACGCGGCCAUCUAUUUGGUCACUUCCAUCGUAGCAAAGGGACAGACAGAAAAGGAUGGUGUCACUAAGACCAACUCGCUUGUCAGUGUCGUCGACUUUUAUAACGCGCACAUUCUUUCAGAGCUUCUAAAUCCGGAUGUUAAUCAGAUCCCAGUUCUUAAGGCGGAUUCUAUAAAGUAUCUCAUGAUCUUCCGGAACCAACUUCCACCCCAAACGAUGAAAGAAGGGAUUUCUCACUUGGUCCGCUUCCUUGGUGCGGAGAGUACUGUGGUGAACUCGUACGCUGCGAGUGCCAUUGAGAAACUUCUUCUCCUCAAGCAGGCAGAUAACAGUCCCCUGAUCCAGACUGGAGAUUUGGCUCCGGUAGGAGCGACACUCAUCUCUGGUCUUUUCAGUGUCUUGUCCAAACCCACCUCAAAAGAAAAUGAAUAUGUCAUGAAAGCCAUCAUGCGGUCCACAUCUGCUCUGGGAGAUGGUGCAGCUCCUUUCAUGGGCGUCAUGUUACCCAAGCUCUUGGAAAUAUUAGUAGGAGCAGCGAGAAACCCAAGCAAACCUCACUUUAACCACUACAUGUUUGAAACCUUGUGUCUCUCGAUUCGUAUCCUGUGUCGGAAGAACCCUGCGGCCGUGGAACAGUUUGAAGUUCAUCUCUUCCCAAUCUUUCAAGGGAUCCUCCAAGGAGACGUAGUUGAAUUCAUUCCCUACGUCUUUCAAGUCCUGGCACUAAUGUUGGAUUAUCAUCCAGCGGGGAGUGGAGUUACUGAGCCCUACAUGUUCCUAUUCCCCUGUCUUCUGGCUCCUCCACUGUGGGAAAAGAAUGCAAACAUCCCUCCAUUGGUGCAACUACUGAAAAUUUAUGUCAAGAAGGGAGUCGCCCAAAUAGUAGCGUCUGAUAAAUUGGGUGCAAUGCUGGGAGUGUUUCAAAAGUUGAUUGCCUCCAAGUCCAACGACCACGAAGGAUUCAAUCUUAUUCGAUGUUUGGUAGACAAUUUACCACCUACAGCGAUGGAGCAGUACCUCAAAUCCAUAUUUCUCCUCCUUUUCCAACGUUUGACGUCCUCUAAGACGGUCAAGUUUGUUAAGUGCCUCCUGGUUUACUUUGCCACGUACAUUAACCGGUAUGGAGCAGAGUCCUUCAUCGCGAUGAUUGACAGCAUUGAGCCUAACUUUAUGGCCAAAGUUUUGGAUCGUUUAUUCAUCGCAGAGAUGCAGAAAAUCGGCGUGCCUUUAGAAAAGAGGAUUGUCGGGGUGGGGGUUACCAAGUUGUUGUGCGAGUGCCCGCAAUCUAUGUUGACGGGUCAAUAUGCUAUGUAUUGGCCUCCACUUCUUCAAGCCAUCAUCCAGAUGUUUGAGUGUCCUGAGGAUGUGAGCAUACCAGACGAUGAAGGUCAUUUUGCUGAACUAGAAGAGAUCUCCAGCUACCAGGCUAAUUAUUCCAAGCUCAACUUUGGAGGAAUUCCACCGGACGAUCCGACGAAAGAAUCUAUUCCGGACCCCAAAAUAUUUUUGGCCUCGAGUUUGUCUAAAUUGUCUGUGGGUAAUCCUGGCAAGGUGGCCCCACUCGUCGCGUCGAUUGCACAAGAAGCUCAGAAUUUUUUGGUAAAGUACGCUUCUGUUGCGAAUGUACAAAUCGUCUAAUUUCUUCAUCAAACUUUGCAUAUAUUCCGUAUUUUAAAAUCGUUUGUUGUAAUUACUCCAAUCUUAACCUGGUAUCAUUUUUUAAGAUCUUACUAUUUAAUGAAGAGUAAGAUUUAUUGUAUAACGAAUAAAAUUGCAAGGUGUGUACCCAUAGACUGCGGGUAUGACACAGUAGGCGAGUUCAAUAUUGUGUGUGAUGAUCUUAAAUGUAAAGUCUUCUUUAUUACUGACACGUAUACUGUAUGAACGGAGUCAUAUAUUUGUGAGUACGCACAUUUGUAAGUUAAAUAAAAUUCAUUAAAUUGAUUA